AUAACACAAAUUAUCAGCAUCAUCCCGAUGAUCGUUCUUCGUAUUUGAGAGAUUUUUUUUUUAUUGAAAAUGAAUCGUGUAAAGAUAUUAAUUCAGAAAGUAUCACAUAAAAUCGCGACAGAAUCAAACCAUACCAAAAUGGUAACUAACAAAAUUCAUUGCUUUCCUAAUGAACUUUCAAACGAUUUAACUCAUGGUAGGAAAAAAUUGAGGCAAAGCUAAUAAAUGGAAUGUGGAAAUCUAGAGAUUCUGAUCUAAGGGGUUCGUCACUUUCCAUGACAAGUGCCCAUAACUUCUGCCAAAAAUUUCAUCAUAAGGGCAAUAAAUAGCAAAUCAAAUAAAUGUGCUAGCGAUUGCCUUACAUUAAUUAAUAUGAAAGUGAUGAAACUCUAGCCUGGCAUUCUAUCUUCUGGCAAUCAAACAAAUACAUAACACUAGGUGCGUGCAACGAUUCGGUACAGUCUAAAUCAAUAUUUGGAUCGAAUCCGAUCAUAUAUAUUUCGAUUCAAUUUUGGUAAAAAAACCGGAUUGAAUCGAACCAAAUGAACCAAACAUACUUUUUGGUUUGGUUCUUGUCCUCUUUUUCCUUUGCGAAUUAUUACACGGCGAUAUAUCGUGUUCUCUCUUCCCUUCUUCUGGAAGAGUGUGGUGGUGACGAAACCAAUCUCUCAUUGAAACUUGAUUGCUGCGAUGAUAUGGGGAAACGGCAAUAAAUUGAAGGGUGAGCACAUGCAUGUUUUUAUGUAUUGGCCCAUGCAAUGAAUGAAUGGAAUCGGAAAUUGCACAACACGUUGUUAUGGUUAUGGCACAAAUGUAUAUGUCAUCCUAAAAUAAUGUCACCUGUUGCUAUGGUUUGAAAAUAGAUUUUUUUGUUGUACCGAAAAUUGUGAGUUCUCACCAUAUACAUUUUCUCAAUCGCUAUAAUCUGUAUAUCUUCAAGUAUAACAAAAUUGGUCUCUCCAAUCCGUAAAUUAACCAGCACACGUACAUCGGUAUUAAUAAUCAUAUGUUAUUUACUUUUUUACCAUUUAUGGAACUAUAUCAAUAGCAAAAGAAAGAAGCUUAACCGUACGUGCAAUUAACCCUCGCAUAAUUAGGGUGCAAUGUAAGGAAAGGAGAGAUUUGAUGAGAGACUUUAGUAUCAUCAUCGAAUACAUACUUUCUUCUUUUGGAAGAUGUAAUGGCCACACGAAAGGAAACUUACUCGAGAUCCAUGGGAUUUCAAUCCCUCGUUAGUCAUUAGUAACUUCUAUAAGAAAGUGAAAUGUUUUCAUCUUUCUCUUCUUAACUUAAAAAAAAAACAAAGAGAAUCAUGGAAGUGAUCGUCCCUGUCCACCUCACUCUCUCCCGCAGCUUCUCCUCCUCCCUUCCGGCCGACGACCAUUCCAAGUCGCAAUUCUACACCCUCCUUACCUCCAUGCUGUCCCGCCGCCGUCAACCCAUCACCACCGUUCACAUCGACCACCGUCCGGAAAGGGUGGACCUCGGUGAUCUGUACUUCGUCCUCGAACACGCUUCUGAGCUGAAGUCCUUGUCGGUCAACCUCGGCGUUGACGGCUACGACUUGGGCGUGAUCGCGCCUUACAUCCGCCAUCACCGCCGGCAGUAUGAUCCCCUCGAGACUCUCAGGCUGGAGAGAGCGUACUGCGGGUUCGUCGAAGGUACGGACUCCUACGAGGGUUUCAACAAGCUGACGACGUUGGAGCUUCAUGACUGCCGUCUUUACUCUCCUUACGACGGCCAAACGGUGCUCGACGUCGAUCCUUUCGCCACGCUUCCUCUACUGAAGCACGCGAAGAUGGUGAACUGCAUAUCCAGCGGGCCGGUGAGGGUGACUGGGCCCGAGCUGUUGACGUUGGAGAUUGUGACGGUGGGCCCGGCGGUGGUUUUGGGCCACGACAUGGGCUUCGAGAGGGAGAGGCCGCUCCAGCUGGGGAAGGUGUCGGCUCCGAGGCUGGAGUCGUUCAGGUUCUCGGGUCGGGUGAGCGACUUGCCGUCGGUGUUGUUGCUUGGUGGGGAGGUUAGGUUUCCUUCUCUCGAGCGUGCUAGGGUUGAGCUUGUUUUGUCGGAGCCGGUUGAUGAGCAGUUGCGAGUGCUGGGUCGUGCUUUUCGAGAUAUGAUGGCUGGACUGCGCAAUGCGGAGUCUCUCGACCUGUGUUUUGACCUCGACAAAAAGUCGUCGGUAGAUUUAGAGCACUGCAAGCGAUCCAAGUUUCCUCUUACUGCAGUGAAAUCGACGGUUUCUGAUUUUACAAGAUUGAAGACUUUGAAGAUUCGGUACCCAGAAAACGAGCUGCCAAACGUGUCUUAUCAAGAGAUUCAGUGUCGCUUUGAAGGCUCGAGUUGUGUUGAAGAAACCAUAACUUGCGUUUGAGGAUGUUUUUAAUUAGAGGUUUGAUUGUCUCAUGAGUAUUGUCAUUUGAUGCAUGUUCUGUGUUAGUUCAUGUGGCUUUGAAUAAAGUAUGGUACUUUUU